AUGUGGGGUCCCCGUUACAACGAGUAUCGGACAGCGAGCACAUUGCUAUUGGACCGUAAUCGCCCAAUCUCUAAAGAAGAGAAGAAGGCGAGGUUCCGGGAGCUGGACCAAAAAUACAAGCAGAUGCUGUACGACGCGGCGGAGCUGGAAGGGAGCCACAAGCACCUGUUCGCCGUCUACAGGGAGGCCUGCGCGAUCUACCAGCUGGUGUACGAGCACGCGGUGCGGUGCCGGUGCGACGACGAAGGAAGGCGUGUCGAAAGGUGCGGCUUCGCGUGGAGGGUCGCCGGUCGCGCGCUGUGCGAGUUCUACGUGAUCAAGCGCCGCGGCGACAGGGUGGUCGCCGACAUGCAGGUCCUCCGCGACGCCUUCAGGAAGGAUCGCGGUGCGUAGCAUA